GUGGCGGUGGCGACUGUGGCGGGUCAGGAGGGCACUGUGGCUGUCGUGUCCAUCCCUGGCGUGAGUGGUUACCUCGCCAACCCCUGUCAUCUGCUGGCGCAACAAGAAAAUCACCAAGUUGACUCGCGGGUGACCUUCAACCAGCUGCGACAGGUGGCUCUUACCAAUAUCAUCUUUGCUAACGUCACCCUUCACGCCAUCCAAAACAUUCUGAAUAGCGACUGCAACAUUCCCUUCUCUCUCAACACACUGCCUCCAGUGCCCUCUCUCUACAACUUACAGCAACAAGACGCCUUUCGGGUGAUGCACCGGGAGUUCAUCUUCCUGUUGGCCCACCUGUACUUCGCCAUCAACAACACGGACCCCGCCACCACCACCUGCACCCACGAGACGCGCCUCUUCUCCGACGAGCUCCGGGGGCUGAGUGGGAUGCUGGAGAACAUCAUGUGCCGCUUGACAGUGCUGGUGCAGAGUGAGAGCCAGCUGGCCCCAGCUGUGAGGGAGGUGAUGAGUCUGCGGCUGCAGCACGAGGCCUCCUGUGGGGGCCGCAGCCUCUGGACGUGUAUCUUGGCAUCCCGCAUGCGGCGCGCACUCUCCAUGCUGCGGAGGGUACUACUUCAACACGGCCGCCACAACCACUCUCCCGCCAAUAACAGUGUGGUGUCCACGCAACAGAAGAGGUUUUCCCAGAGGAGGGGUCCUCCCUAUCCUCGCCAAGGAGUUCCUCUGGACUCGCUUCACCGUCGACCUUCUGCAGCGUCCAUGGUCCCACUCCGUGAAUACCAACCUCGCACCUACUCCAGUGAUUCUCAAGCCUUCAGUUUACUGGACUAUAACGUUCAGGAAUUGUCCAACGCUUUGUCAUCUCCCAACAAUCUCAACGGCUCCUCUAACAGCAGCCCUGGUCUCUUUAAUGCUGCAGGUCCUCACGACGGGUCAAACUCUUACAGCAGCCAUGAUUAUUUACUUCCUGCCGACUCCUGGCACCAUAUUGGCAGUGUCAUCAACAAAUCCAGCGGCACCUCCAACCUUCCUGACUCUUCCAGUAGUAUGAACUACAUUAAUACUGUGACAGUAUCCCCAUCUCGCCUCUCUCCCAGGGGCAGCGUUCCCCCUCCCAGCUCCACUGACCUGCGCGAGGCGCUUGCCAACCCUGCGAGUUACUUCCCACUUCGCGGUUACUUUUUGAACCAGGAUCGCGCCAAAGAUCAACACAUGUACAACAUCUCGGGUUCCUCCAACUUGAACUCUUUUCCAAGCAAUUCCUGGGACUCCGGAUUCCUCUUUCACUCCAACACUCUCCCGAAGUCCUCCCAUCCUUCCACCUACUCCAACGUCUCCUACACCAACAAGCCCAGUUACUUAUACACCUCCUCUUACUCCAUAAAUAACCCUUAUUCUUACCCCUCCAUCGACUUUAACAGCAGACCAUAACAGGUAUGCCAGCAGGAACACAGCAAUAGGAAUCCAGUUUUCUUUGCCUGUAGUCAGUCCUUGAUGAUGAUAAUGAUAACGGUUAUGAAAACGAUGGUGAUAAUGAUAACGACUCCGUUUCACUCUUGAAUCAUCACAUAAUGAUAUCAAUGUCUUUGUGUGUGUUCCCUGAUAUUGGGUACGUCACGAAUAUCAAACGCUUAGGAUCCCUUAAAUAAUGAGUACUGAUCCUUCAGCCUUUAAGAGGUGGCACUAUGUUUGCUCGUGUCAAGUAUAUACUUCUGUUAGACGAGUCAAUGGUUUGAAUCUUUCUUCUCCACGUGUUGAGAGAGUGGGAGGGUCGGCGCGGAAAUAGAAAACUGGUUGCACGCGUCAAUAAGAAAACAAAAUGGAUAAAGUAUGUAGUUUGAAAUUUGAGUUGAGUUUUCCUCAGAAAACAUAGGUUUUUAAAACUGUAAACUUAAUUCCAUAAAAGUUAUUGUUAUUACAUGACUUUGUAUGAUAUUAUCAGCCUGAGAUAACUGCAUGUAUCUUUACUGUCUUACGUAUGUUACUAGGGGGAAGGAGGAAAGAUACCCAAAUGGGACAAUGGUAGUCUGUCUUUCCUCCCACCCCUCUUCUCCCAUCUCCCCCUUGACCCACCUUUCUCUUUGUCUCCCAUUUCUCCCCUCCCCUCCACUUUCCCUAUCUCCCCCAUCUCUCAGAAAAUAUAUUAAGGGCAGAGACGACUGUAUGAGUCUUUCAUCUCAACUACAGGCCAGUGUCUCUAACUUACCAUGCAAGGUGAUGGAGAUGAUUGAGAGAAAAACCUAGUAACACCUCUGGAGAGAAGAGACUUUUGUAACACCACCACCAACAUGGGUUCAGGGAGGCUAAAUCUUGUCUCACAGCUUUAGAAGCAUUCUAUAACCAGGUGGCAAAAAUUAAGCAUGAAAAAGAAUAGUGGGCAGACUGCCUUUUCUCCGAUUGUCUGAAAGCAUUUGUCACAGUACCCCAUAAGAGGCUGGUGCAUAAGCUGGAGAAACAGGCAAGAGUAACAGGUAAGUACUGUACCUCUUACUUACCUGCCAGUGGAUAAGGGAGUACCUUAGCAAUAGGAAGCAGAGUUUUGCUGUGGGGAAAGAGGCCUUAGAAUGUCGAGAUGUUAUUAGUAGAGUCCCAGAGGGUUCUAUACUUGGACCUAUCCUGUUUCUGAUAUAUGUAAAUGAUCUUCCAGAGGGUACAGACUCACUCAUUCUCAAUGUUUGCUGACGAAGCUAAAAUCAUGAAAAGGAUCAAGGCAGAGGACAACUUGAUACUAUAAGGGCACCAGCUACAGCAUGUGAAUUACUACUGAUGAUUAUUAAUUACAAGAUGACCUGGACAAACUGGUGGAAUGGUCCAACAAAUGGCUACGAGAGUUUAACUCAAGCAAGUGUUAAGUAAUGAUAGGUGUAAGGAGCAAAUGGUACAAGGUACCAUUUGGGAGGGGAAGGUAUCUAUCAGAACACGUCAAGUCAUUACGAUUAUAUAGCACUUCAAAGGGCUCAGGAUAAGGAUUUGGGAUGGGAUGGGACAGGGAAAGGAAUGAUGCCCAACCACUUGUACGGUCGGGGAUUGAACGCCGACCUGCCUGAAGCGAAACCGUUGCUCUUCUGUCUAGCCCAAGUGAGAUGAAAACUUUAAAGAAUCAGUGAGAAAGAUCUGGGGGUUGAUAUCACGCCGAACCUAUUCUUUGAAGUCCACAGCAAACAGAUAUCAUCAGCGGCAUAUGCUAGGUUGGUCGAUAUAAGAACUGCCUUUAGAAACUUGUGUAAGGAAUCAUUUAAAACCUUGCAUACCCCAUAUGUCAGACCAAUCCUGGAGAAUACAGCUCUAGCGUCGAGUCCGUAUCUAGGCAAGCACAAGACUAAGUUGGAGAAGGUUUAAAUGUAUGUCACCAGACUAGUACCCGAACUGAGGGGUUGAACUAUGAGGAAAGGCUAAGUGAGCUAAACCUCACGUCGCUGGAAGACAAGAG